CAGACUUUGUAGGAACACCUUUAAAGGGAGUUAAAGUUCGUAUUGUUAAGGAUAAUCCUUCUUCAAAAGUUGGCUAUGAUGUUAUUGUAGAAGGAGAUUAUAAGAAGACUAAUAUUAUUAAAAAUCCAGGUGAUGAAAUUGGAGAACUUCAAGUUAUGAGUGGAAGUGUAUUUAAAGAAUACUGGAAUAAACCAGAUGAGACAAAGAAAACGUUUACAUCUGAUGGCUGGUUUAAGACAGGUGAUACUAGUGUUUACAAGGAUGGUGCAUAUAGGAUUUUAGGACGUACAUCUGUAGACAUUAUUAAAAGUGGAGGAUACAAAAUUAGUGCUUUGGAUAUAGAAAACCAUUUAUUAACUCAUCCCAAUAUUAAAGAAUGUGCUGUUUUAGGUUUACCAGAUAUAACAUGGGGUGAGAAAGUUGCAGCUGUAUUAGUUACUGAAAAUGGUGAGGAAAUCAGUAUUUAUGACCUAAAGGAGUGGUGCAAAGAUAAACUACCUUCCUAUCUUAUACCUUCUGAGGUGCGUUGUAUGCCUGAAAUACAACGUAAUGCAAUGGGCAAAAUAAACAAAAAAGAUUUAAUAAGAAUAAUUUUUCCAAAAGUACUAAAUUAAAUACUAUAAUUUUAGUUUUCAAGUAUGUAUAGAUAUUAUAAAUGAUGAUAAUUUAAUUUUAA